AUGGAAAAAUGGAUAGUCGAGAGCGAAAACUUGGAUGAACGGGUCGGAGUCGUAUGUAGAGUGUUGGAACUGAGCGUAGCAUUACGACAACUCAAUAACUUCAACGGGGUACUGGCAGUCGUCGCGGCCUGCGGCUCAGCUUCAGUACAUCGGCUCCGAGCCACCUUCCAACUCCUGCCCCCAAGGCUGUCUAAAGCACUAGAGGAGUUCCGGGAACUGAACUCUGAUCAUUUCAGACGGUAUCAGGAGAAGUUGAGGAGUAUAAACCCGCCGUGUGUGCCUUUUUUCGGCAUGUAUCUGACAAAUAUAUUGCAUAUUGAGGAAGGAAACCUAGAUUACCUCCCCGACUCAGAAUUAAUAAAUUUCUCAAAGCGACGCAAAGUGGCUGAGAUUACAGGCGAGAUACAACAAUACCAGAACCAACCGUACUGCCUCACUGUCGAACCUAAGACUCGGGCGUUCUUAGAAUCACUGGAUCCCUUCCCGGGCAAGGACGACAACGAGAUCACAAACUAUUUAUACGCAAAGAGUUUAGAAAUCGAACCUAGACUCGCCAAGCAGCUGCCUAAGUUUCCCCGCAAGUACCCGGAGCUGAACCCGAAGCCGCUGAAGGUGUCGCGGCGCGCGGCGCACGACGCGCCCAACAACUCCAGCUCCUCGACCGCCUCGCACUGCGACGACACCAUCAGUAUGACGUCCCAGAUAUCACCGACCAGCAUCAGUACGUGGGACGGAGGCUCGCUGCAGUCCUUGCCGCUCGAUCUAUUGUCGUGCAGCCGCGCGGAGCUGGUGAGUCCCCGCGGGGAGCGCGCCCCGCUGGCGCAACUCUCGCAGCUGCUGUUCUUCGACAAGAACAAGCCCGGCAGAAACAGCACAAGAGACGAACCCCCGUCCCCGCGAGACAGACAUUCGCCGCGACAUGACCGACAAUGGCCGUCGUGUGAGCGUAGGACUCUGUCCCCCCGGAACCCCAUCGUGGACGCCGACCUCUUCUACUCCACCAGGACACACACCGCGCCGCGGAGACCUGACCCGGAGCAACUUCCCCCCUUACUCCCCCGCGGGGAGCCAGAGCGUCCCCCCGCGCCGCCACGUCGACCGUCCUCCCCCUCACAUUCAUAUAUACCGUCGUCUACAUGCGAGCCUCCCCCGGAGCCGCCCGACCGGCCGCAACCCAGUCCCAAGCAUGAACUGUUCAAGAUGCCGGCGGUGUCCCCGAAGCGGUCCCCGGCGCCGCAACCGCCCGCCAGCCCACAUCCACCCGCCGACAGAGGCGGCGUGGCGUUCAAGUUCGAGUGGCGCGGCGCGCCCACGCCGUCCCCGCCCGCCCCGCCGCUCACGCCGCAUCUACCGGUGUCGUGCGGCACCCCGCCCCCGCUGCCCCCGCGGCGGCGCCGGGACUCCGCCGCGCCGCCCACUCCGCUCCCGCACUCGUCAGUAUGCGCGGGUUCUCCCCCUGCGGCCUGCGCCCCCGCCCCCGCGCCCCCACCCACGGGUGCGGGCAGUAGUACGGGGUCGAUGGGGGCGCCGCCCCCGCUGCCCCCGCGGCCCGCGCCUCCGCCCGAGUUACUGCGCCCCGCGCACUCUACUAUACUGCAGCGGAGACAUAAUAACACUGGCGCCCCCCGCCUCCCCCCGAAGCCCGCCGCCAACAACACUGCCGCGCGCACGUAG